UGUUCUGGUCAGAGCCCUUCUCUCUCCUCACCCGGCUGUGGCAGGAAAGUUCAAGGUGUCCUGGCAGCAGGAAGCUCCUUUGCUCCACCCUCUGCCCUGCACCCUGGCUCUCUGAGCCUGCUGAGGACCUGCUGAACCAGAGCUGCCAGCCACAGCAGCCUGACCUGUGCAGCUGCUCGGGUGGGAGCUGGACCCCCGGCAUGAAGCACCUCUCCUGCGAGCCCUUGGCAGCCAUCACUGUGCUCUUCUGCACCACCGUGCUCUGGUAUUCCUGCUUGGCAGCAGCUCAAGAGGUCUCCAAUGUUUCAACAACCUCCAUGCCCACAACUGAGUACGAAGCACCAUGCCUUAACGUGAACUUCUGCACGAAAGCAGCCAUGUGCUGCUCGACGGGCAUGGACGAUUAUGGAUGGAUUGCAGCGGCUGUUGGCUGGAGCCUCUGGUUUCUGACCCUCAUCCUGCUCUGUGUGGACAAGGUCUUGAAACUCCAGCCUGACGAACCCAAAUAUUUGGUGGCCUGAAGCCAGGCAAGCCAGCAAGCAGCAGCACUGGGAGCAUUGAGGUGCAGACAGACUGACAAAGCAUUUCACAGUCACUUCCUAAGAAACAAAAAAGAAAGGGAAUGUACCUGCAGACAAAUCAAGCCACAUCUAAGCAGGGCACCUACUGGGGCUUCAUCCUCCCUGGCAGGUCAGAGCUGCUGGCCAAGGUGUGGAGCCCACAUAUCCCUGCAAGCCACCACGUACAUCCCACAGUGCGCAGAAAACCUUUUCCCCAAGACCUUUCAUGCUGGCUGUGAGUGUGCCAGCCAUAAUGAGACACUGAAGGACCAGUUACCAGUCUAUAGCAUGUUGCCUUAAGACAACCCAGUACAUAACCUUUGGCUUUGAAACAGAAAGUGGGCAAAUAAAGCUAUUUUCUGGAGGAUCGGUUUUACAAGAUCUGUUACUAAGCUACAGACCAGGUUACUACAUCAGUAAGUGGAUGUAAGUCAUUGAUUAUACCGAGUCCUUCUCACUCACUGACCUGCCCUAUUUUAAAGUCUAUUAACUGAUACCAGUGAAAGCUCUGUUCUGGAAACUUAAGGAUUGUUUGGGCUGUUUUGAAAUUAAAAUUGGUUUUUCCAAUGCA